UCUUGUAUAGAUUGUAGCGAUAUUAGACACUGAACACAAGUACAGAAACUAGAAUAAUGUCCACUGUUUUAUUCUGGUGUUUGCCGGGAAUAAUAUGUUUAUUUUUCUCAAACAGUUCAGAUGGCGCUUGUACACUUCCUGGCGCUUUGCGGGGAACCUGGAUCAGCAGCGUGUUUGGGGACACGGAAUUUACCGAGUCCAUCAUGUACCUUUCACAGUAUGACGUCGUAACGGAAUCAAUAACAACUACUGAUCCCACAAAUUUCACUUGUGAUUUCAGUUCAGGAAGUUUUUAUGUUUUCAAGACUACCAGCAACUUCACGAGUAAUUCCGUUGAUGAUUACAAAUGGUAUAUCUGCUUGGAACUGACAGCAGUUACUGCUUACUCGUAUUACUACUACGAUACCAGAGCUAACGAUGCCGGAAGGAGUCCUUACACCGAGUACACGGACGUCUGCGGGGGUCAACAGGACACUGAACUUUUCCAUGUGUUCGUCAAGAAAGGCUUCGAGGCCGAGGCACUGUCUUACUGUGCCAAGCCAUUCCUGGGGGUGUUCACUUACACGCAUACUUCCACUUCCGCUACCUGUGAACUGGAAUGGGGAGAGUCCUUGUUAGACGUCUGUAACAACAACAGAACAAACCUCAUCUUCGACUACAAUCUCUGUUCUACUAAGGUGGCCUUUUCAGAUGGAGGUCACGUGGGAUGUGUUGCGGCCCUCAUUAGUGGAACCACCUAUUACCAGAGUGUCAUAAACUUUGACACUACUCUAUCGUUGUCACCACCAAAAACCUACCGAUUCACCUGUUUUGUGAUAGAAUUUGAUGGAGUAAAUGUUACAGCGACAGAGAAGGGAGAGAACUGUGACCAAGGGCAAUCAGCUAGCGUCAAGCCGUCCGCACCAGGGAGUCUAUUGUACCUUGUCGCCAACACAACUUGUUAUAUAGAGACCCCUGCUUCUCCGGCCGAUCCAAGUGACAACACAGCGGUCAUUAUUGCUGGUGUUGUCGUGUCGCUGGUAGUCAUAGCAACCGUGAUCGGCGCAAUACUUGGUUACAAAUAUUACAAGAGAAAGAAAGAUGAAAAACUUUCUGAAAAGACUAAAAUAGAAAAUCUGGUAUCUGUUGGACUUGGGAAUGGUUUAGCAAAUUUGCCGAAACCGUUAAAUAAACAGAACAACAAGCAAAAUUCCAGUGACAUCAACGAAAACAAAAUCAAGGAAAACGAUUUACCUACUCAGCAACCGGGAGUUUCCAUGGCUGACAUACUUCAAGAUGUAGAUAUUGAUCCUGGAAGCGAAAAAGAAAGACAACUGCAAAAUGAAAACAAAGAGACAAAAGAUGAUGAGGAUCCACUAGUACUAAGACAUACAGAUGAUAGUUCGGGAUUAACCAAAAAAGACACGGUUGAGGAUGAAUCAAAGCAAAUAAAUGGUAUGAUGAUGACAGACAACUUAACAAAUGAAGUUAUCAUAGAAGAAGAAGCAGUAGAUGAAGAUUCUGUUGAAACAAAAUAUACGAAACCUGAGAAGAAAGUUACUUUUCCGGACGAUGUUCCUACGCAAGGAAGUCAUGAAAACCCAGAUCAUGCAAGUUUAAUACCAGAUGUAAAUAAUACAGCGGCCAGCGAAACCAAAAAGUCAAACGACGAAAGAUAUCCAUCUCCCAAAGAGGCCCUUACAACGUUUGGGAAGGAGAAAACUGGUAUGAACUCAAGAAAACCCGGUCCCAGUGAAAUCAAAUCAAAUGAGAGUGAAAAAUCACCUCUUGAAAAGGUUGAACAAAAUGGAACAGCAAUCGCCUCUGAUGGAUCCACAACAGUUAAGAAUGACCAGCAAUUUCAAACAAAAUCGACAACAGACUUGCAAACCUCGGAGACAACUUUAUCUACAAAUGGCUUUAAAACAAUAAAACUGACAACAGACAACAAAACGACGUCACUGGAGAAUUUCCCCAAAUCUUCACAAACAGGUGUGAAUUCGAUGACACCUGUAGUCGGGGAUGAUCCCCGAGCGGAAGCUCUGACGAACCUAAGUGGACUGAUGUCCAUCGUCUCAUCAAACCCUUACAAACGUUUUACACAAAAAGCCAAUCAAAAGAAUACAUCUCCCAGUGAAGAGUUGUCCUUCAAGUCAGUUCGUCCCACGCUUCAUUCGUUUGAAGAGUGAAAUCAAUCGUGUUC